AGGUAAUCGCUGUCACGUGACUGCUGUUCUCGUCCUGGUGUAGUAAGUGAGGAAGCAGGCGGGUGCUACACAGUGUGCACCACAAGAGAACACCGACAGCCAUAUAAAAGUAAGGUUUCAGCACCUGGUCGUCUGCUGCUGUCAGUCUGUCAGUCUGUGUGUGUGGCAGGACGUAGGAGCGGAGGAGACGACUACACAUCUCACUAACUUCAUCCUGCAUCGCUACACAGUCACAGGUCUAAUAACACACCUGUACAAUUAAGAUGACGGAAAGCACAAUUCCUGAGUCGUCAAAAUGUCCGUUGGUAUUCCUUGGCAAGACGGGGUUAAAGGUCUCCAACAUGUGUCUGGGCACCCUGACCUUUGGGAAGUCAUCAUCUCUACAAGUUUUAGCUGACAACAUAGAAGAGGAGGCUGCACACAAACUGAUGGAUCGCUUUGUGCAGUGGGGAGGUAACUUCUUUGACUCGGCCGAUGUCUACGGCCCAAAGGUGUCGGAGAGGAUUCUGGGUACCUGGUUAAAAAAACAAGAGCGAGACAGGUUCGUCAUCGCCACCAAGGUUCGGAUGCCCACAGACCCCUCCAACCCCAACGAGGUGGGACUCAGCCGCCGACACAUCACACGUGCCGUGGAGGAGAGUCUGGGCCGUCUACAGACAGACUUCAUCGACCUUUACCAGGUCCACCUCUGGGAUGCUGCUGUCCCUCUGGAGGAGACCUUACGGACCCUGAACGACCUGGUGAGGUGUGGCAAGGUGCGCUACCUGGGGGCCAGCAACCUGUCGGGGUGGCAGAUGCAGAAGUGGAUCAUGGUGCAAGAAAAGUUGGGACUGGAACCUGUCGUGUCCCUCCAGCAAAAUUACAAUCUGAAAGAGCGGGCGUCCGAGUGGGAGGCAUUUCAAGUUUGCAAAGGGAACGGCCUGGCGGUGUUGCCAUGGAGUCCACUGAGCGGAGGAGUGUUGGCGGGAGAAGUAACACGAGAUAAGCCGCCGGAGACAGGACGCCUGGGGGAGGCAGUGAGGCAAGGAAGUAACCUGGGAGGGUCACCAAACUGGAAUAAGCUUCGACAGGAUGACCGCAUCUGGAAUGUUUUGGAUGCCAUCAAACGCAUCGCCACCAAGCGUGGUAAAACCAUGGCACAGGUGACACUCCGCUGGCUGCUACAAAAGGACAUCGUUGCCUCCGUCAUUAUUGGAGCCCUCAACCAACAGCAGCUGGACGAGAACAUGGGAGCUGCCACCGGCUGGACACUGACCUCGGAAGAGAUGGCAGAGCUGGACAAGGUGUCGCAGCCCGACAAGCCCUACCCCUACAGCAUGGCCGACAUGUUCAUGGGGGAUCGGGUCAACCCCUUCAACCCUCCGUGUAGCUUCUAACUGUAAACAUAUCACAAUCCUACUGAUAUUCUGGAUUGCUACUAGACUUUAUUCGCUGUCGGACUACAACAAAAAUAUUUCACAUGGAAGUCUGUUUUUACUUACGAUGGAUGCAAUGAUUUGUUACAUAGCCUUUCACGACAUAGACCUUAGUGAUGGGAUUUCUUGAUUGAACAUUUUUCUUCCAUAGUUCACUGUAGUUAAAACAUUUAGUGAUCUAGACAUCAAAGAAGACAUUUGUCCCAAUGAAAUAGCAACUUAUGUCUGUUUCUCUCCCAUUUGUUAACAGCGGGAUGUCCAGAUUUGUUUGAGAUGUGAGCACACCUCAUAUUUUCAAGAAAUGUGUCUCGAUGCUGCAUGUAGGUCCUCUCUGAUGUGUUUGUGGUGAGUCGCAUGGAGGUACCCGGGGUGGUGUCGCUUUGUCAGUUUGUCUGGUGUCUGUCAACAAUGAAUAAAAUAGAGAAAAAAUAUGA